AAGGCGAGGGCGGCGAUGAGCGACAUAGUGGAGAAGACCUUGACGGCGCUGCCCGGGCUCUUUCUGCAGAGCCAGCUGGGCGGCGGGCCCGCGGCCGCCAAGGCGUCCUUCUCCUCGCGGUUGGGUAGCCUGGUCCGUAGCAUCACCCUGCUCACCUCCAAGCACGAAGAGGAGAAAUUAAUCCAGCAGGAACUGAGCAAUUUGAAAGUGACCGUUUCUGCUCCUACUACAACACUGAAAAUGAUGAAGGAAUGCAUGGUGAGACUAGCAUAUUGUGAGAUGCUUGGAUAUGAUGCAUCUUUUGGCUAUAUACAUGCAAUCAAGUUAGCACAACAAGGAAACCUCUUCGAAAAAAGAGUAGGUUAUUUGGCUGUUUCUCUAUUUCUACACGAAAAUCACGAACUGUUGCUUCUCCUUGUGAAUACAGUUAUCAAGGACUUGCAGAGUACCAACUUGGUGGAAGUAUGUAUGGCACUUACAGUCAUCAGCCAGAUCUUUCCUCGAGAAAUGAUUCCAGCUGUUCUUCCAUUAAUAGAAGAUAAACUACAGCAUUCUAAGGAGAUCAUACGGAGAAAAGCUGUUCUGGCAUUAUACAAAUUCCAUCUCAUUGCUCCCAAUCAAGUGCAGCAUAUCCAUAUUAAAUUUCGGAAAGCACUCUGUGACAGAGAUUCACUUCUGACCCGGAGUGUGGACUGGACUCCCACUGCCCAGGGUUUUCAGGGCUGUGACGUGGAAGCAGACCGCCAGGCCUUCGGUCAAGAGAAUGCAUCUGGAUAUAAAGAUUUGACUGGAAGCUUUGUAACAAUUUUGAAGCAAGUAGUUGGAGGAAAGCUCCCAGUAGAUUUCAAUUACCACAGCGUGCCAGCACCGUGGCUACAAAUUCAACUCUUGAGGAUACUGGGACUUCUAGGAAAAGAUGAUCGGAGGACAAGUGAAUUAAUGUAUGAUGUCCUCGAUGAAUCCUUACGAAGAGCCGAGUUAAAUCACAAUGUCACAUAUGCUAUUCUGUUUGAAUGUGUACAUACAGUCUACUCUAUUUAUCCUAAAUCAGAAUUACUUGAGAAGGCUGCCAAGUGCAUUGGGAAAUUUGUUCUGUCACCUAAAAUAAAUCUCAAAUAUCUAGGACUGAAGGCUCUUACCUAUGUUAUCCAACAGGAUCCGAGCCUGGCUCUUCAACACCAGAUGACAAUAAUUGAAUGCUUAGACCAUUCUGAUCCCAUUAUUAAGAGAGAGACGCUGGAACUUCUUAACAGAAUUACUAAUGCACAGAAUGUAACAGUUAUUGUCCAGAAAAUGCUUGAAUAUUUACAUCAGAGCAAAGAAGAGUACAUCAUCGUCAAUUUGGUUGGGAAAAUUGCGGAACUGGCUGAGAAAUAUGCUCCUGACAAUGCGUGGUUUAUCCAGACAAUGAAUGCUGUGUUUUCAGUGGGAGGGGACGCCAUGCAUCCCGAUAUUCCCAAUAACUUUCUCAGGCUACUCGCAGAAGGUUUUGAUGAUGAAGCAGAAGAUCACCAACUAAGACUGUAUGCCGUUCAGUCUUACCUCACUUUAUUAGAUGUGGAAAAUGCAUUCUAUCCACAGAGAUUUCUUCAAGUUAUGAGUUGGGUGUUGGGGGAGUAUUCCUACCUUUUAGAUAAGGAAACACCUGACGAAGUCAUCUCCAAGCUGUACAAGUUACUUAUGAAUAACUCCAUUUCUGCAGAAACAAAAGCCUGGUUAAUUGCCGCUGUGACCAAGUUGACACCCCAAGUACAUUCAUCUCACACCGUUGAGAAAUUAAUCCAAGAAUUUACCACGUCCUUGGAUACGUGUUUGAGACAGCAGGCUUUUGAAUUGAAACAUUUGCAGGAGAAUGUGGACCUUAUGAAGAGUGUGCUUCCGGUUGGUAAGAGUUGUGAUGACAUGAUGGUAGAUGCAUCCUUAUCUUUUCUGGAUGGCUUUGUGGCUGAAGGACUCUGUCAGGGGGCAGCACCUUAUAAACCUCACCACCAGCGCCAGGAGGAGAAACUUUCUCAGGAAAAGGUUCUCAAUUUUGAACCAUAUGGACUCUCCUUUUCUUCAUCUGGUUUCACCGGACGACAGUCUCCUGCUGGCAUUUCUCUUGGUUCAGAUGCAUCUGGGAAUAGUGCGGAGACAGGGCUGAAAGAGACAAAUAGCUUGAAGCUGGAAGGUAUAAAGAAGCUGUGGGGAAAAGAGGGUUAUCUUCCCAAGAAGGAGAGCACAACCAGGGAUGGCGUGGACGCUCUGCCUCUUCCCCAGGAGACUGCAGCCCUGGAGAAUGUAGACCAGCCGGUCACAAAAAAGGAUCCACCUCCAGCACUAACCCCGUCCAGGGAGGAGAAAGAAAAGCAGCUGCUGGCAUCGUCGUUGUUUGUUGGUCUAGGUUCAGAAAGCACCAUCAAUUUGCUGGGAAAAGCAGAUACAGUAUGUCACAAAUUCAGAAGGAAAUCAAAAACUAAGGAAACAAAAAGUGGAGAACCAACCAGUGCUCAUCCUAAUUCUUUGUCAAAUGCGUCAUAUGAAGAGGAUUAUUAUUUGGAUACUUUACAGGAUAUAGGAGACAAAGAGUUAAAGAAAAUUUCCCUUGAUUCAGAGCUUUUAGAUUCUGAGUCAUUCACAGAACUGCAUAUGGUUGAAAAACCCUCAGAUUGCAACCUGCCCAGGCCUUCUUUAUUUGCUGAUAACAACUUGGAAAUUUUUCACCCUUCUCAGUCUCCUGGAGCCUCGGUUGCUAAUGAAGUGUCUUUAGCUGCUGCUUUGUUGGAAGACCCUACUGAGCACAUGCACUCACCUGUUAUAGAAGUCUGUAGUAAUGAAACCAUAUCAGCUUCCUCCUACAAAAUUUGGAAGGAUGAUUGUUUAUUGAUGGUCUGGUCAGUUACGAAUAAGAGUGGCUCAGAAUUAAAAAGUGCUAACGUAGAAAUUGCUCCUACAGAAAAAUUCAAGAUCACUGAACAACUUGAAAGCUGUUUACCAGUAAUAGAAGCAGAAAGCACAAACAUUUUUCAACAUAGUGUGCAGAUGGAAAACCCUUCUACAGAAGGCACUCUUUCUGGCUUUAUAAAUUAUCAGAAGAUGGAUAGUCACAGUGUUCAGCUGGAAUUUUCAGUGACCUUAUCGCUUUUAGAUUUUAUUAGGCCAUUAAAAAUCUCCACUGAAGACUUUGGCAAACUUUGGUUAUCCUUUGCAAAUGAUGUGAAGCAAAAUGUAAAAAUGUCCGCGUCCCAAGCUGCCCUGCCUUCUGUUCUAAAGACCCUGCAACACAAGCUAAGACUUCAUGUUGUUGACAUGAUAGGUACUGAAGGGCUUUUGGCCUGUCAGCUACUCCCGUCCAGACCCUGCCUGCUGCAUUUCCGCGUUCAUGCUGAUGUCUUAGUCCUGUGGCUCAGGUCCUCCUGCUCUGCGCUGCCGGACUAUUUACUCUCUCAGUGUCAACGAGUGGUGGAGGGGUCCUAGCGGGACCUCUGCUUGUGCUUUAUGCCAGCAAAAGACAAGGUUUACAUAGAUAGUCAUUUACCAAAGUCAAAAGCACUCCUGGUACUUCUAAUGAACAUGGGGAUCAUGAUGAGUUGUGGUUUUACUGUGUUUUAUGAUUGUGUCAAGAAGAGUCCCCAAGAAACUAUAUCCUUAACUUUACUCAGGAUUGUACAGUAUGUUUGGGUCCUAAAAAAAUGACCUAAGCUAAUGUCAUAAACUAUUAGCGAUUUAUAUCUAUCACUUAGUGGAGAGGGAUUGAAAAUAUUUAUUUUGUUACAAAUAAUUUUAUAGCAAAUUUACUGCUGGCUAAUUUGUGGUGACGUUUGCUGCAUUAAUCGAGAGGAGAUAUAGACAUGAUACCCCAUGAAUUCGUAUUUGACUUUGUAUGCAGUGUACCCUUGGUGGUGGACAAGUCGUGAUGUUCUGCAAAGGUCCAUGUUGAACUAAGUGGCCUAACCCACGUUAGCACUCAUACGGGAUUCGUGAGCAUGCCCGCGGGGGCCAGGGGACAUCAGUCUGUCCAUGACAGACGUUUUUAACAGAGAGAAUUUAUGACAUGUAAUUUGAGUAUCAAAAUAUGUUUGUUUUCCAACUGCAUUUGCUAUUAAAAUUCAAAUAGCGUUCUUAUCUUUAAAAUCUCAAAGCCAUUUGUUAAAUAUUAUCAUAUAGAAACAAAAUCCUUAAGAGCACAUGGUACCAAAGCAGACGGAUAUAAAAGGACUUGUGAGCUAUGACAAGUAUCUAUGGCAAAUAAGUGAUAACUGUGGACUAAUUAAAUUUGGGAUUAGAUAAACGUCAAAGCCAUUAUUCCUUCCUUUGGAUCCAUCGGUACUCAGAGGAGUAGAUGAAACUAACAGACUCAAGUGAGAAUGUUUAUCUCAGAGCUGUGUCUAGGUGCCCCUGUCAGAACUAGUAUCAGUGAAGGAGGAGCUGAAGCUUAAUGAAUGGCGGACCAGAUGUUGAGCCUGUACAUCAGUGUUAAAAACUGACAUUGUGUUUUACCAAACUUCACGGUGCUGUGGGAAAUGUUUAUUAGUUCACUUUGUCGGAUACUUCACCAUGGCGACUCUGAGUGCAGUUCUGCGUCAGUGUAGCUGAUGGAGGCACUGCUCAUUGGUACUGUUCAUCUCCCUGCCAGGAAUUCCGGUUUUAGGUUCUCUCGUUCAUCACAGCUGACGGAGAUGCUAAGGGCUUUCCACCGAGCAGAUAGAUUUCCGUAGUCAUCUGUGUCCGGAGUGUACCUCUCAUAAACAACGGCCGAGGUUUUUGUUGUUCUUUCAUGAUGAUUUUUAGUAUUUUAAAAUGUGACAACUUAUUAAUUUUGUUCUUUUGGAAGAUCCAGUAAAGCCUUGCUAGAAGAACAAUAGGUUCCUCCGGCUGAUAGAAAGUCAUCCUCCUCAGGCUCAGCAGGGGCCUGGUGCAGGAAUAUGCGGACUUGGGCUUGGGGGUCCCUGUUGGGGGACCUUAGCAGCAUCCCCCUCCUCGUUUCCUGCCCUGGUUUUUCUGUUACUGUCACACAGAGAGAAUGGUCCCUCCAACUUUUUGAAGGAACGCAGCAUGUGGCAGAGGAGGAGGGGCGUGGCUUUCCUGCCGUUGGACUUGGGUCCCAUGUGAAGCGCUGAGUGUCAGGUGCCCAGCGAGCUGAUGGCCCACUGUCUGGGGUGAGCCCAGCAAGCUCUUCUGCUGGUGUUGGGAGUGGGUUGAUGAGUGGCAUGAGCAGUUGCCAGGUUAACACACUGGGGCAGAGACCCUUCUCCGAGAGAAUGCAUGUAAGUGGAGGUUUGGGGCUGGGAACGUGGAUUUGGACUCAGCUAAAGGGAAUGUGGUUCACUUAGCUUCUUUCUGAAUCCACUGGAGAAAAAGCAAGGUGACCAGUUUUCUAACAGGUAUUUAGCAGAAUGUUUACAUUUUUUUAUAUUUUUGUAAUUUAAAAAAAAGGUCGUUUUUUAAAAACUUUGGUAUCUAUUCUGCCUAAACUCACUGACUUUUAAAUUCUAAAUCAGCACCACCAGUGUUUUUGCCAUGCUACAGUAGGAAGAAUGAGCUUUGUGUGUAGAAUCACUCCCUUUACCCUGUAGCCACAGCUUAGAAUGGAGCAACAUCCCGAGGGGGCAGGGGUGCUGGUUGGGAGGCUAAGUGCCCCCAGUUCUGUGCCUGGCAUCUGUGCUAAGAAGGGAGCUGCAGCAAGUGUGGAUGUGGGAGAGAAGAAAGGGUAGGCAGACAGGACAGCUAUGUGAGUCGGUGGAGGAGGGGUCGGCCUCCUGGCUGAGUAGUCCUUGCGGAGGCAGGCAGAUCACAGACUCCACGGAAGAUGGGCCUCAGUAAGAGAGACUUCUAGAAAGUAGUGAUGACACUGAACAGUUACCAAGUGCUCAUGUGCCAAGCAUGCCAAGCACCAUAUAUGUUCUGCAUGGGAACAUUAUUUACAGAUACAUUCUGUUAUCUACCAAAACCAUUGCGGUAAAACUACAGUAUUUUGUUUUUUCCUUAUGUUAUUUCAUGCCAUUAACAUUUUAAAAUAUUGCGCUAUUUGCCGUAUAUUUUCAUGUGUAGAUGUAGUCUUUGUGUCAUGACUGUGAGCCACUGAAAGUGCAUUGAACCUACCCAUGUGUCUUUAAGGUGUUUUGCUCUGUUAACAUUUUAGGAGGGAAAAAUGAAAGUGAAUGACAAUUUACAGACAUUAAUUACCUUACUUGAGUUGAAUGCUGUAAUUUGAAAAGUUCAUGUAAACAUAUAAUAAAUAUAAAGUGAUCUAUACUGUU